UUCUCUCUCCUCUGGUUUAAAUUCUCUCUCUUCCCUAAAACCUCAAAUCUUCUCCAUUUUCCAUUUUCCAUUUUCCGUUUUCGAUUUUCUUCUCUCGUGUCCAAACAUGUCGGCAAGGACUGUAAAAGUCAGCAACGUUUCUUUAAAGGCAUCAGAGCGAGAGCUUAAGGAGUUCUUUUCUUUUUCUGGUGAUAUCGUUUAUCUGGAGACAAAGAGUGAGAAUGAAGAGUCCCAAACUGCAUAUGUUACCUUUAAGGACACGCAAGGAGCCGAUACUGCUGUAUUACUAACGGGUGCGACUAUAGUUGAUAAGACGGUUACAAUAACUUUGGAUUCAGAGUACGAGUUGCCACCUGGUGCUAUAGCUCCACCAGCUGUAAGAAAAAAGCUCAUAAUUUUCCUCUUUAUUUGGGGUCAUCUUAAUGAUUCUAACUUUGGUUGCCAUAUUUCCCAGGAUGCCCCAGGAGGUGCUCAAGCUGCUCUGCAGAAAGCAGAGGAUGUCGUUACAAGCAUGCUAGCCAAGGGCUUUAUCUUAGGGAAAGAUGCAGUCGGCAAGGCAAAAUCAUUCGAUGAUAAGCACCAGCUAACUUCAACAGCCUCUACUAAGAUUGCGUCUCUGGACCAGAAGAUUGGUUUAACAGAAAAAAUUAGCAUGGGUACCUCUGCUGUCAACAGCAAAGUGAAGGAGAUGGAUGAGAAAUUCCAGGUUUCUGAGAAAACAAAAUCAGCACUUGCUGUUGCUGAGGAAAAAGUCAGUAGUGCCGGUUCUGCUAUAAUGAAGAACCGCUAUGUGCUCACAGGUACUACUUGGGUUACCGGCGCUUUCAACAGGGUGGCAAAAGCGGCUGGUGAUGUUGGGCAGAAGACAAUAGAGAAAGUCGGAAUGACGGAAGAUGAGCAGAAGAGGAAAAUGGUGGAUGACUAUGCUCAGGUUCAUCUAUCAGAAUCUGAUUCACCCAAGGGUUCGUCAUCCCCAAAGGCUUCAUCAUCACCCAAGGAUUCUUCCACAAGUGAGAAGCAAUCUACAAAGCCUGAACCAGCACAAGGCCUGAUCCUUUAGUAUGCACUUCAAUGUAUAUAUUGGCCCGAGAACACUAUUACUAGUUGUCGCUAUCGUGUCACCUGUUGGAAGUUACUAAUGUAAACGAAGUUCACUUUAUAAGUGGAUAUUCAACUAUUUCUGGGUCUUUACCAUCCCUUUGUUUGAACACUGUUGGAUUGAACAUUUUGAUGGUAUUGGUCAGUCUUUUUGGAAUUUUGGUUUGAAGAUGGUCAUCAUGCGUACUUCCAAUUAAAGAGUGAAAAUUGG